UACAACCCGAGCAGCUUUGGGCACUCUUUGGCUUCAAUAAGGAUGAUGCGACCAAAAGGUAGUGAACAAUGCGGAAAAAUGGUGUCCGUGUCCGAAGGUUGAGAGCAGCCAUGUCAGAGGAGGCAGUGCGUCAGACGCGCAGCCAGAAGAGGGCCAUGGAGAAGGAUGGUGCUGGCCUUACCGGGUCCCCGGGAGACAUAGAUGUGAAACGGGUCAAGCUGGAGAAAGGGGACGCUGCUGGAAGCCCCCUGGACCUGGUUGGGUCCGAAAUGGAGGGUGUCAAGCUGAAGAGUGAGCAUUCUGCUAAACUGACAGCCAGCAUCCUUAAAACUGGGGAGGUGAAGGCUACUAUCAAGGUGGAAGUGCAGACAGGAGACGAGCCUGUUGAUAUGAGCACAUCUAAAAGUGAAAUCAAGAGGGAGCGCCAGAUGUCGUCGUCGGAUGACGUGAUUGUGUUAUCAGACAACGAGCCAUCCAGUCCCCUCAUGAACGGCCACUGCUUCACCAAGACAGACACGGACAAACUUAUGAGGAGUUCCCCUGAAGAAAGGGAGCAAAUCAUUAAACUGCUGAAAGAAGAACUAAGACUCCAGGAGGCCAAGCUAGUACUACUUAAGAAACUACGACAGAGCCAGAUCCAGAAGGAGAGCACGGCUCAGAAGUUGUCUGGCUCUGUGGCAACUCCACCUCCUCUGGUGAGAGGUAGCAUUACAUCAAGCAAAGGACCCCUCCAGGUGACGGGUCGCAGCUCAGGCACCGUGAUCCCCCCGCCACUGGUGCGAGGUGGGCAACACGUCCAAUCCAAACACAACUCUCAGACAGUCAUGCCGCCCUUGGUCAGGGGAACCCAGCACAUCGCUGGCCUGCGUCAGCAACCACAACAGCACAGCGGCUCGGGACCUCCUCCUCUUCUGCUGGCUCCCCGGGCCUCUGUGCCCAAUGUCCAGGUGCAGGGACAGAGAAUCAUUCAGCAGGGGCUCAUACGGGUGGCUAACGUGGCCAACAGUAAUAUCUUGGUCAACAUCCCACAGGCAUCUCCAACUGGCAUGAAGAGCUCGUCGGUGUCGCCCAACUCUGGCAUCAACGACUCGCCCGCCAGCCGACAGGCCGCCGCUAAACUUGCUCUCCGUAAGCAGCUGGAAAAGACGCUACUGGAGAUCCCGCCACCUAAACCGCCUGCCCCCGAAUUUAAUUUCUUGCCUUCUGCCGCCAAUAAUGAGUUUAUUUACUUGUUGGGGUUGGAAGAAGUGGUGCAAAAACUACUGGAGAUGCUUGGCAGAGGCAAUAUGGGUCCAACAGCCGGCAUGUCCAGCUCAAUUCCCAAAGAGCCAUACACCUGCACCCAGUGUAAAACUGACUUUACCUCCCGCUGGAGGAAAGAGAAGGCCGGGACUAUCCUGUGCAACCAGUGCAUGUCGUCCAAUCAGAAGAAGGUCCUGAAGGCCGAGCACACCAGUCGACUGAAGGCGGCCUUCGUGAAGGCACUUCAGCAGGAGCAAGAGAUCGAACAGCGCAUCCUUCAUCAGGCCACCACCUCCUCUGCCACGCCUGUCUCCAAAACCACCUCGUCCUCUCCGUCGCUGUCCAAAAGCGAUGUUCUGGUAUCUCAGCAGUACAAGCAGGUCAGAGCUGCCAUGCCGCACAGAUCUGUGACGGGCCACCACUCGGCCAUUAAACAGCUGCAGAGCGCAGUGACGGCUGCAGCCUUGGGCAGCAGGCCAGGUAAGCAUGCGGCCGCACGCCCGCUGCAGCAGGGGGUUAAGGUCAGCGCCGGCGGCAGCAACAGUAACCAAGGCAACAUGGCCACCUGGAGGAAGCAGACUAGCAACACCGGCGUCACUAUGGCCUAUGUGAAUCCCUCCGGCUUGACUGCGCACAAGACCAGCUCCUCUGUGGAGCGCCAGCGAGAAUACCUGCUGGACAUGAUCCCUUCCCGCUCCAUCUCCCAGGCGGCCAACACAUGGAAAUAAUGUGUUGUUUUGGUUCCCCCCCCACUUGUAAUAUCAAUGAUAGCCAUCAUGCACACUCCCAUCUAUAACAUUCUAAUUCUUUCUAUGGAAUUCUGUGGGAAAAAAAAAAAUCAUGCAGAGCCUGGAGAUGAACAAGAGCCCUUCCAUAAGUGUGGGUUACAAAGAUCAUGUCCAGUUUUUUGGGUGGUAAGGGUUUCUCACCAGUCUAGAUGGAUGGGAAUUACCACUGAAUUUUACAACUCCUGUCUAUGGAUUAGACAGGGAGAAGAUAUUAAGAUUAUUAUUAUUAUUAGAUACAGUAGACUACACCUUACCUUCCCUUCUCUAUCCGGUGGGUGAACUGAUUUUGGAGGACCAUCGCAAACUUCAGCUUUGCAAAAAAAUAAUAAUUACAAAAUAAAAUUAAAAAAAGAAGACUGUAAAGCUGCACUUCCAGAGAAGUGUGUAGAAUUGUUUGUAUGGCUGAAUGUUUAGGAUUUUCUCUGUUCAGGAUUAUUAUGCGCUCAUCCGCCGCUGAAUUUUACGGGCUCGCGUUACUGUUGAAGGUGGUUUUACAUCUGCCGGUUUCCACAUUGUAGCCGACUUUUAAAUACUUAAUAAAGAUAAACAGGUUUCACUGACUAAUGUAAAAAAAACUAUUGUUGAAUAAUGUACAAAACAACCCUUCCAAAGAACCGAGUGGAGCCUCUCUGAACAUGAUGAUGGGGGUGGUUUUGUCACAAAUCUCGUUUGUGACAGGCAUUUCUUUUUUUUUUUUUUUUGCUUUUAGUCCGAGGUUGUGGUGCAUUAUUUUCUUCUCUAGACAAAAAACUGUCCCCGGGUUUAUUUAUAUGGUCACUUUAGGGAAAGUAUUAUGGAUCUCCUUUGGCAUUGUCCUUCAAGAGGAAGCCUUCAGAAUGUAGGAUGCAAACGAACAACCUCGUCAAUCAGUCUUUUAGAAAGUUCACUUUGCGCAUUUUAUCAAGGACGAGUCACUAAACGUCAUCGUACAAAAAGGAGAACCCCCUCUGCCGGGUUUUUACGACCACACUGACAUCUCCACUUGUACUCGCUCAUGGAAACAUCUCUUCAAAGGCAAAGAGAGAAUAAAACCGUGUGCAUUCCACUACCAGGACUUCUUACAUACUGUAUCAUCACUUCCUGCUUUGAUUUUGGACUCCAACCUCCGCAUCUUCUAGCGACAUCCCAGCUCGCGUCUCAACAUUCCCACAAAGUAGCAGCAGCCGGCCGCAUCUUGUGGAUGCAAGUGACACGAUCUCAAAUGAACCCUGCUGUUGCCACCCUUGUGUGAAGUCGGCACCAUUCCGUUUGUUUUUAGAGGGGUGGUGGUGGCCCCAAUCCAUACUGUAAAGAAAAUUACGUAUGAGGAGAUAUUUAGUUUUUUUUGGAUUUUUGUUUUCUCUCCUGCUCCAUUAAAGAACAAUAAAACAAAUUUUAACCCCUC